AUGGCCAAGUUGGAGGGCUGGACAAAGAAGGUGUCAGAGGAGGAGGAGCAUGACAUAACGAGCAAAUUGGUCCUCGGACAGGUGGAGAUGCACCUUGGCUGUUUUGCACCUCGUCAGCCUCCGUGUCGGCCUCAGGCAGCCUUCUGACGUAUCAAUUUGACGCGCGGCUCUCGAGGAAUCACUCAACAGGUACGAGCAAAUAAAGCCUUCACCUGCAAAUUGCUUACUUCGAGUACGGCUGAUCCAUAAUUGGACUCUUGGGAGGUAUUUUAGAAGGGAGUUUUUUAGUCAAAUCGUAAUUUCAGCACUGUAAAUGAUCUGCGGCAAAACUUUCGAGUACCAUUCAAAUAUUCUAAAUAAAAUUUUUGAUUCAAAGUUCAGCUCUGAAAAGGAACAUUUGAAAAGUUGUUGAAACUAUUCGAUUAUUGGCAACAGAACUAAUUAAAACAAGCUCUAGGGUACAAGGUAAGCGGUUGGACAAAUGUCGGAGGCAGGAAUUGGGCUCUUUUCGACUCGCAGGCGGCGCCUUUUGAAGCUACGGACGUCGCCUAA